AGCCAAUCAGUUAACAGGUUACUCCUGGUCAUCUAGAAAUAGUAUCCACUGAAUCAACAGAGCGCGUUUAGUCAUCAAACAUUACUUUUUAUGUGUAAUUUAUGUGAGUGAAACAAAAACGAGAAGUAAGACAAUAGUAAACUAACUUAAAUUGAAUUGUAAAAAAUGACAACAAGAAAAGCCAAGCUGGAAGAGCUGGAUCCAGCAAAAGAAGGUUUAAGGGAAAUUGGGAUACAGGCAGUAUGGUCGCUUUCUACUUGUAAACCAGGUUUUGGAAUUGAGCAACUCAGAGAUGACACACAUGAAACAUACUGGCAGUCUGAUGGUACACAACCACAUCUAAUUAACAUACAAUUCAGAAGGAAAAUUACUAUUGAUAGCAUUGCUAUUUAUGCAGAUUACAAGUCCGAUGAAAGCUACACACCGAGUAAAAUUUCUGUCAGAGCAGGAAACAACUUUCAUGACCUGCAAGAAAUCGAAGUGCUUGACAUGAAUGAGCCAACAGGCUGGGUACGAAUCCCUUUGAAGGACAGUAAAGGCCAACGAAUAAGGACGUUUACGUUACAGUUGGCCGUUCUAUCAAAUCAUCAAAAUGGACGUGACACACACAUGAGGCAGAUUAAGGUUUAUGCACCACUGCAGCAGACAUCGCUGGAGAAAUUCCCAAACUUUACAUCUGUCGAGUGUGCCAUGCAUUCAACGAUUAGAUGAUGUGUCCUUUCCGUUUCCACCGAUAAUGUACACAGCGCCUGCGCCAUUGUCACUGGGCCAUGCUCUUUUUAAUUGAUGCUUUCGAAUUCCAUGAAUGCUGCAUUUUUACUGUGGCAACUCACUGUGCACAUGGUCAGCAGGUUUGCCUAGUCUAUGACAACCAAUUGCAGGGUGAGAAGUUCAGGAUGUUUAAUUUUGUUAAGGCUUAAAAGGAUGAAUAUAGGCUCACCAAAAUGAUAUGCAAACAUGUUGCAGCUUCUCGUAAAUUUUGUACAUUUAAAGCGGACAAUAGAAGGCAUUGCUAGAAACAAGUCCCAUGUGCUCCAAUAUUUGUAAAAAGUACAUGGUUUGAAAAUCAUCAUGGAAUAAGCAAUCUGAUAUUGUACUUACCAUAACUAUAAAAGCAUGUCAUUCAAGUUAUAGUAUAGUCAUGGAUUUUUGAAUAAUGGUCAUAUGAAAUGCAUAGCACUAUUAAUAUUCUCUAUAAUAUAGUGUUUGUUAUUUGAAAAAUAAAGUGAAGAAUUUUUAGUUCCUUUGUUUUGAACAGGGUUUUUGCAUACA